UUCUUAUUUUUAAAUAAACUGAAAUGUAGACGGAUGGAUGGACCGAUUUCUUUUCGUCAAAAAUAAGUGCAUGUUGAUUAUUACACAUUUUGAAAAGAUAUAAACAGACUCAACUUCAAUACUGUCGGCUGUCUAUAUUUAAAGUUGAUUGAAUAUUUAUUCGUUAUUGUAAUACGUGUAAGUCAUAUUGCGGGAAUAUUGUGAUUAAAUAGUGCACUAUUCACUGGAUUUUAAUGUGUUGAACAAGUCUCAAGACUUUGAAGCCUGAAGAGUUUCAUUGUAGUGACAAUAGUUUAUGACAGUUUGAUGGUCAUAAACUAUCAAGUGUAGUGCCUCAAGAUGGAUCUUCCUGAUUGCCCUCCGGGGGCGGAAGGAUAUGAAGAUUCUGUUGUUGAAAUACCCAAGAGACCUGGAAUAGAUGAUAAUUGCACCAAGGCUGAGCAAGAGUUUCAACAACAUCUGAGCAGUUUGAAGAUCGAAGUAGAGGAUGGAAGCAAGCGGUGCAUGGUGGAAAGGCGCGGCCGCGAUGUAUCCGGCAAAUGGAUAUACUUGUGUUUCCCUUGCGCCGUCAUCUGCAGCGGCGAGUCGGUGUUACAGACUCAUUUAUCGGGAAAGAAGCACAAAAAUAAGCUGAUCAGUCAAAGAAAGCCCUGGCCAUUGUCUAUAUUUACUGAGCAUCCCUAUAUUCUAAAUGAAAAGGGUAUCAUCACCAAGCCUAUUGGAGUGAAGGACACAGUGAUGCAGAAGUUGACAGAUGAAAUCGAGCUCCAGAGUAAGAAUUUGUCAGAAUUAGAUAUGAAAUACAGCAAGUAUCGUGACGUGCGGUGUCAUAUACAGGAUACUCUUGAUAGUAUCAAGGUGCCGCUGCUAGGCGUUGAGUACCUGGUCGAGCACCCACCUGAGGAGGUCCACUACGAGCCGUCGUACAUGUGCACGUUGUGUUUCAAGCAGGGACACCCGCGCACCAUCGUCAACCAUCUCACUUGCUACAGCCACCGGUUCAACUAUAUCUCGCGUCACUUCUCCAAAGCGCAAUUGCUGUUGGACCGCUUUCGUGGACAAGCGAACUACCGCGAAGCUGUCUCAGUCAUACUCCACCGGCUAUCGCUCUGCAUUGAAGACAAGUACGGCAGAUUGAAGCCCGUCAACAUUGAUAAGGAGCUGUACGAGAAAGAGAAAGACCUUAUACAUCAAUGGAUAUUUAAAGGUGAACACAUAUCCGAGAAAUCUGGAUCCACUUUUGAGGAGGUUAUAGAUACUGACCUGAUCUAUUCUAUUGCUCAAGGAAAUCUAAAUAAAAAUAAUCUAAAUAAAAGAAAUUUCUGUAACAGAGACCCGUCACCACCCGUGGUUGCCGCCCCAACAAAGCCUCUAUAUCGUGGAGGGAAAGUCGCAGUACGUCGCGACGAAACCGAUCUCUCCGAUGUGAGCCCGCCGGAUGACGACCGACCCACACGUUUCCGAGGCAAGUACGACGCCUACGAGAAGUCUCGUUUUGAACCUUACUCGGAUCGGCGCCGCGACAAGCCCUCCCACUCGAGGAUGUCCCCGGAAAAGAAGCAAAGACCACCAAAUUAUGAAUAUAAAGUAAAAAUAACUUUGGACAUGCGUGAUAAAAUGGAGGACUCGGCAAAGAAAAUGCUCGCGUACCACGAGAAAAAUCCAGAGAAACAUCCACUCUACCCUGAGGAGUGGAAGAAGUUCUGGAACAGGCGUUACAAGGAAAUACAAGCCCAGGGCAAAGACCCAUCCAAACACGAUUUUAAACCUGAAUGGAUCGUAUACUGGACAGGUCGUAUGAAAGAAUUGCAUGAUGAAGAAUUGAAAAUUCAAGUACUCGAGCUGUACCGCAAAAUGUGUUUGACACCGCCUGAUAUGACUCGCUUGUCCCCUGAACCGCACAAGUCGCAAGAACGAAGAAGAUCACCGGACCUUAGGAAAAAGUCGCCUGAUCCUAGAAGGAGGUCACCUAAUAUGAGAAGGAAUUCGCCAGACCGCAGAAGAAGAUCGCCAGAUCCAAGAGGCCUCGAACCUCGGCGGAGAUCCCCUGAGCCGAGACGACGGUCACCGGAUUACCGUCGUGACCGCAGAACUCCGGAUUCACGUCGACCGUCGUUGAGGCGUUCUCCUGAACGACGCCGGUCGCCGUACACUCGCAGCCCUAUAUACAGAGGCCGUAGCCCCACCCACGGGCAUAUUCGCGUGGAGGAGUCCAGACGCGACCGGCGCAGCCGCAGCCCGCUGUCGCGUCGAGACUCGGUGAUGCCAUCGCGUAAUCGCAGCCCCACCGCGCGGCGCACGCACAUUAACUUAUCACCAUCCGAUGAUGAACAUAAAACAUCGCGUGCUCGGGCAGGCUCGUCGCGCCGCAGCCGCAGCCCGCUGUCGCGGCGCGACGACGCGGCGCCGCUGCGCAACCGCAGCCCCGCGCCGCGCCCCGACCUCGCGCCCUCCAUGCAGACCGUGCUCGUUUCCGACGACGAGCUCAAGCCAGACGACGGCAUAUCCCCGUGGAACUCCGAUAACGAUAUAGAUUCGAUAGGCUCGAUCCCGGAAGUGCGGUCGGUGCGACGGCGGUCCCGGGACGGCAGCGAGAUAUCGCGCUCGUCCCGCUCGCGGCACGCCGCCGCCGCGCCGCACGACCUCGGGCCCGCGGAGAAUGUGGUCGCUACCCUACGCAUGCUUGUCGCGCUCGAGGACUAUCUCGGCAGUCUCGGACCCAAAAUACUCGAUUUACUCACUGAAGCGCUUAAAAUGGAAAAGGAAAAUGCAAAUUCGUCAGAGGAUCUACUUGAUCGCGAAUCGGCUGUGGUACUAAUAGAGACGGCGAAGGAGAAGCUGAAGGGGGCGGCACAAGCGGGACUAGUAGCACCGGCAGCCGGUGCUGCCGUACGAACCGCUAUCGUCCGUACCGCGGCCACGCUACACGCCGCAGAUAAGCGCGCUCGUCGUAUCGCACAGCAAAAACCUGAAGUUAAAACAGCAGCUGUACCCGUAGCCGGUAUUGGGGAAGUGGACCGCGCCCAAAUAGCCCAGCAGAUGGCUGCCGCACUCAUUGCCCAGGGCAAAACCGAUGUCUCCUCAGAAGAACUAGCUCAGCUGGUCGAUGCGGUGGUAGGAAUGGCUGAAGCGAAAAAGAGGGAGUCCGAAAAGAAGUCUCAAAAUAUAGGUGCAGUUGAAAAGCCUAAAUAUUCACCAAACUUGCAGAGCGGAACUGCAUCCGCUUUACAAAUGUUGCAGUCUGCUUACGACGAGAACGAUAAAAAGGUCGAGAAAGAAGACGUGCCAGAUGCUAUGGAUGGGUUAUCAGAUUCGGAUCUAGAGACAUUGCUCAAAAACUUCAAUGAUCUUUCGGCGGAAGAACAACACAGUCUUAUAGCCUAUUUAAAGAAGUUGGAAGCACGAGAGCCUCAGCGCGUAGAAAGGUUGCGACAGUAUGUCAGCGCGGCUGCAGCCGUCGAAACCGUAGAGGAGGUUCCGAACAAGAACAACAAUGAUAAUAAGCCAGUCACUAUAGAGAGCGAUGAUGAUGACGAUUAUACAGUUGAAGAGAUAUUUAAGUCGGCGACUCAAAAAGUCAAGGAAGACCAAAUACGCCAAGAAAUGGAAAUCGUGAAAAAGUCUAUUGAGGAAUCAAACGAACCAGUUCAAGAUAAAUCUUCCGCGUCAAUUGCAGAUCUUACGAAGAAUAUGUCUUCCGCUGCUAAUCUUUUAGCAUUGGUUCAGGCGAGUAUACAAUCUACUGCUGCGGCGGCGCCGUCAAUUACAUCGCAUGCUGAGGAUGUUGUUUCCAGUAGUCAACAACCUAGAUCAUUUGGAGAUGUAUCCGAGGUUCCCUUGGCAUCAUCCGAGUCUAAUUCAGUUGUACAACAGCCUGUUCCACAAAGCAGUGUUGGGAGGCCCUUGUCUAACUUAUUGCGUGAUCUCGUUAGUUCAUCUACCUCUAAUGAAUCUCAGAAUGAUUCAUGGAACAGUAGGUCUAUGCAAGAUGGUAGAAGUCCUAUAAUGCAAGAUAAUAGAGGUCCUAUGAUGCAAGAUAAUAGAGGUCCUAUGAUGCAAGAUAGAGGUCUUAUUAAUCAAGAUGAUAGAGGGCCUAUGAUGCAAGAUAGAGGUCUUAUGAAUGAAGAUAGAGGUCUUAUGAUGCAAGAUAUAGGACCUAUGAUACAAGAUAGAGGUCCUAUAAUGCAAGAUAGAGAUUUUAUGAAUGAAGAUAGAGGUUCUAUGAAUGAAGAUAGAGGCUCUAUGAUGCAAGAUAGAGGUCCAAUGAUACAUGAUAGAGGUCCUAUGAUGCAAGGUAAUAGAGGUCCCAAUAUGCAAGAUCCUAGGGGUCUUAUGAUGCAAGAUAAUAGAGGUCUUCUGAUGCAAAAUAAUAGAGGUAAUUUCGGACAAGAUAAAAGAGGUCCUAUGAUGCAAGGUAACAGAGGACCUAUAAUGCACGAUAAUAGAGGUCCUCUAAUUAGAGGAGGAUCUGGAUAUGGUAACUUUGAUACAGAACCUAGUUAUAAUCAAGGGCCACCUAGAGGUAAUUUUAAUAAUGGUAUAAUGCAAGACAAUUAUGACUUACAGUUUGGCGAGCAGCAGAAUAAUUUUAGGGGCAGAGGAGGAGGCAGAGGUCCCAGGAGAGGCCGCGGCAGGGGUUACUACUAAUUUCGUAUUUUUUUUUGUGACAUGAAGUGGAACGUCGUAAUUGUGUAGUGUGUUAAGAAACUCAAUAAAUUAAUUAUUGUAAUACAAG